ACAAAAUGUUUCAGCGCUGCACUCACUGUGGAUUUAGGGGAGAUAUUAUGAGGCUGUUGUCAUUAGGGCGACUGCUGUUGAAUCACUGAAUUCCGACUCGGCGGCGGCGCGGGGCCGAGUGUGUGAGUGCGUGUGUGUGUGUGUGUGCGUGAGUGCGUGUGCUCGAGUGCGUGUGAUCGCGUGUACCCGAGUGCGUGUGCCCCCGUGCCUCUAUGUGGCUGUGUGUGCGUGUGCGGGUGUGGAUGCGUGCGCGGUGCGUGUGCGUUUUCCUCCCUUCUUCCUCCCUUUCUUUCUUUUCUCCUUGAUUUAUCUCCCCCUCUCCCCGGUCAUCCCAUGGUGUUCAGGUCCCCGCUAGAGCUUUAUCCCACCCAUUUCUUCUUGCCAAACUUCGCCGCCGACCCGCACCACCGCUCCCUCCUUCUCGCCAGCGGCGGCGGCAGCGGCAGCGGCUCGGGCUGCAGCCCCGGUGCCGGCGGCGGUGGAGGCGGCAGCUCCCGGGCACCCCACGAAGAGUUGUCAAUGUUUCAGCUGCCCACACUCAACUUCUCCCCGGAGCAAGUGGCCAGCGUCUGCGAGACGCUGGAGGAGACUGGAGACAUAGAGAGGCUGGGGAGGUUCCUCUGGUCGCUGCCGGUGGCGCCGGGGGCAUGCGAGGCCAUCAACAAGCACGAGUCCAUUCUCCGCGCCCGGGCGGUGGUGGCCUUCCACACGGGCAACUUCCGAGACCUCUACCACAUCCUGGAGAACCACAAAUUCACCAAGGAGUCCCACGGCAAGUUGCAGGCCAUGUGGCUAGAAGCGCACUACCAGGAGGCCGAGAAGCUAAGGGGUCGCCCGCUCGGGCCGGUUGAUAAAUAUAGGGUGAGGAAGAAGUUUCCACUGCCCAGGACCAUUUGGGAUGGCGAACAGAAGACGCACUGCUUCAAAGAGAGGACUCGCAGCCUCCUGAGGGAGUGGUACCUGCAGGACCCUUACCCCAACCCCAGCAAGAAAAGGGAACUGGCUCAGGCCACGGGGCUCACCCCCACGCAAGUAGGCAACUGGUUUAAAAACCGAAGGCAAAGAGACAGAGCAGCGGCGGCUAAAAACAGGCUCCAGCACCAGGCGAUAGGACAGAGCGGCAUGCGGUCGCUGGCAGAGCCCGGCUGCCCAACACACAGCUCGGCCGAGUCUCCGUCCACGGCGGCCAGCCCGACCACCAGCGUCUCCAGUUUGACAGAAAGAGCCGAGACGGGCACCUCCAUCCUCUCGGUAACCUCCAGCGACUCGGAAUGUGAUGUAUGAUAUCGGAAAACAAACAAACACAAAAUCCAAAUCCAAACAGCCAAGCACCCUCUCCCCAACCCGAACAAAACAAACCGAGGCAACCUAGAAUCAGGACACACACCCGCAUGCAUGCAUACACACAGCCAGGAAGAGAGAAAAGGCCAAACCCGACCCAAAUAUAAUAGCAAACAGACAGGGAUCAGAGAAUCCACCACCACCGUCAGCCAACACCACCACCAAGAGAUGGAGCUAAAACUUCAACAGCCACAAACGCUGGUGCUGCAUCUGGGAGGGAGGGGGGAUGGGGGGCGGGAAAAAAUAAUAAUUAUAUAUAUAAAAGAAAAAAAGAGAAAAGAUAACAAACAAACAAAGCAAAAGUGACAAUUGUAUUCUUUUUAGGACAAGCACGAUUUCUCCUUUGCGCUUUUCCAUGGACGCAUUUCACCCACUUGCAUGAUGAUGAUGAUUAAAUUUGUAUCUGGGAAAAAAUAUUCUCUAUAGUAAAGGAAAGCAAACA